CCCCGCCCCGUGCCUCAGUUUCCCUGGCUCCUCACGGACUGCGGGUCUCUUGCAGGGCCACGGGAAGGCGACGCCCGCCAUGAGCUCCUCGGCGCUGCUGGCUGAGGGCCCCCUCGACCCACCGGUGCUGCUGGCCGACAUCAAGACGGAGCCCCCCGAGGAGCUGCUGGCCAGCGACUGCAGCCAGCCCCAGGCCGAGCCCGUCGAUCUCUCCCUCAAUAAAUCCAAGGUGGCUCCAGCCUCGGCCCCGCCGCCACCGCCCCCAACCUCGGUCCAGUCUUCCCCCAUGCUGGUGGCUCCCCCGGUUCCUGCUCCCACCACCGUGUCCAUCCCGCCCUCCGGUCUCAGCUCCACCUCGGCCAUCCCAGCUGUUCUCUCACCCGGCUCCAUCCUGGCCUCCACGCAGGGCAGCGGCGGGCAGCAGAUCCUCCACGUCAUCCACACCAUCCCCUCCGUCAACCUGCCCAGCAAGAUGGGCAACCUGCAGACCAUCCCCGUGGUGGUGCAGUCCCUCCCCGUCGUCUACACCACCGUGCCCACGGAUGGCGUCACUGCCAUUACCGUGCCCCUCAUCGGGGGGGACGGCAAGAACGCUGGCUCUGCUUUCCUUUCCCGGACCCCUCCAGUGAAAAUGGACCCUGGCUCUGUGUACCCCAUGGACAUGAACAGCGACAGCGAGGACAGCGCCUCAGAGAGCGGCCCAGCACCUUUCCAGGACCUCCAGAGAGAGCCGGCGGCGCGGGGGCCCAGAGCCGAUUCCCCGGACCUGAAGAAGCGGCGCAUCCACCAGUGCGACUUUGAGGGCUGCAAUAAAGUCUACACCAAAAGCUCCCACCUCAAAGCCCACCGGAGGAUACACACAGGUAGGGCUGGGGUUGGUGUCCCCGGAUUCCCCGUGGGCUGGGGGAGGAGUGGUGGUGCUGUGUCCCUGGGCAGAGGGGCGGCCCUUUGGGAGUGCUGA